UAAUAAACCUCUCAGCACUGUACACCUAAAGCAAGAACACAGAGGUCAAAAAGUCCGAAAAUGUUUCACGGAUCUUCAUAACAGGUAACUGGAAAUGGAACAAGGUCUGCUUCAAGUAUUACUUUUACUUGCUCUAAGCGUCUGUGUCAGCUCUCGUAUAUUUCACGUUGUGCCUGAACUGAUGAGCUGGUGGGAUGCACAGACUUACUGCAGACAAUAUUACACUGAUCUAGCCACCUUUGCUGACCAGACAGAAGUUGAUGAGUGGGUAAAAACUGUGGUCACAGUUUCUACUACAAAUUUAGAAUAUUGGAAUGGACUCUAUGGGAUUAAUUUUACUGCACCCAGGAUCUGGUCCGAUCAGAGCAAUUCCAUGUUCAGAUUGUGGAAUCCCGGACAGCCGAAUGAAUGGAAUGUCUCACAAAUAUGUGUGCUAUCUUCACCUGAUGGAUUCUGGUGGGAUAGAUCAUGUACACAUUUGCACCCUUCUGUUUGCUACAGCUGGGAGAAAACACAGAUAGUGAGAGUGCAGGUGAAAUCAAGUCAAAAUAUGAAUGAUCAGGUGCAGAAAGGGAUUUUGCAGAAGAUAGAGCAGGUACUGAAGGAGAAGGGGUUGCAGUAUGAUGCCAAACUGUCUUGGAAAAAACAAACAGAUGGAAAUGUCUUCCAAAAGAUCCAGAAACAUGAAGUACAUAAGCAGACUUGCAAUUAAAGAUGUGUACCCUUAAUUCAUAACUGAUAAUUCACAAUAAACAGAAAAGACUAAUAAGACCUCCAUGUCACAUCCAUGCCUGUAACUUCAAAAUUCACCAUCAGAGGUCCCUACAGGAUAUGGUGUUGUUAUGAUUUGUCUUCAUGGUUUACUUCCUUUUGGCUCAUUUGAGAUGUCAAAAUCUUUGGGUGAUUCUCAGUUCUGUUAUUGGUGCUUUCAAAUUUCCAAUACUGUAAUAAUUGACUGCAAUUGAAAAUAAAAAAGUCAAUAUCAUAAAGGACUUGGCAAUUCUCUAAACACACUAAGAGGAGGUGAGGACUGAAAAGAGAGAACGCUUCAGGUUCAUGAGGAAGUUUUUUUAUUAUUUUAUGUAGGGUUAAGUGCUCAAAGAAAGGUUUUGUCUUUAGCCAUUUAAAAAAAAAAAAAAAAAGAUGGAGACUGCUUCACGGAUGGUGUUGGGAAGGUCAUUCCAAAAGUCUGUGAAAGUGUUUUGGUGCCUCUUUGUGUUGGUACCACGAGGCGCUGAUCAUCUGCAGAACACAGGCUUCAGGUGGGAACGUAGCUCUGCAGGAAAGAUUGUAGCUAAGCUGGUGCAGACCCAGUGACUGUUCGCUAUGCCAGCAUCAGAGCCUUGAACUUGAUACAUGCAGCAUUCUGGAUCAUUUGCAGAGACCUUGCUGUGCAUGCAAAUAGGCUGGCUAAAUGAGCAUUACAAUAAUUCAGUAGGGCGCAUGGGUCCGGCGGUGGUUAUCGCAGUGUGCGGGCGCGCCCUCCGUUGAUGUCAUGGUCUUGGCACUUUGCCAGGUUGUGUGUUUGCCUGUGGAGGACUGUGGCAUCAUUGUUCCUUGUCUGUUUUGUCAAAGCGUGUUUACAUUUUGUCCACAUGUGUUCAGAUGUCGCUGGCAUGCUGAAUCAGCGUUUCCAUGGGACCCUGAUUGCUUCCAUGGGAACACUGAUGAUUACUACUGUCAGCUGUGAGCGACAACUGCCCCUUGUUUGUUUCUCUUAUUUAAACAUGGAUCAUUGUCUACUAUCAUUGUGACUGUUUCUGUUCGUGCUUGAGUCGUAUGCGUGUUAAGUGUUUCAUUGUGGAUGCAUUGCGUGUUACUCACCUUGCAGAUCGCUGUCGCCCUUACCAGUGUUGAACCUGUCUGUUGGAGGAGGAUUCCUCGGAUCUGUGCCCAUGUGUCGGGAGAAUCACUCGACAGGGCUUGAAAUGCACACAUCCAUCUCAAGGACUCUCAUCCCUUGCCCACUUAGCGGUUUUCCUUAUUGAGCUCAGAUGAACUGGUGCUGGAAUGCCUUUUGUGUGUUUGAUUUAAUAAAGACUCACUGACUGUGUUUCUUCUGUAUUUGGGUCCUGUUUCCCCAGCACCGUGACAGACAUGUCUCACUCUA